UCUCCGCCCGCCGCCAUGAAGUUCGUCUACAAGGAGGAGCACCCCUUCGAGAAGCGCCGCUCCGAGGGCGAAAAGAUCCGCAAGAAGUACCCGGAUCGAGUCCCGGUCAUCGUGGAAAAGGCUCCAAAGGCCCGGAUAGGUGAUCUGGACAAGAAGAAGUACCUUGUCCCUUCAGACCUCACAGUCGGGCAGUUCUACUUCCUGAUUCGGAAAAGGAUCCACCUCAGAGCCGAGGAUGCGCUUUUCUUCUUCGUGAACAACGUCAUCCCCCCGACCAGCGCCACCAUGGGGCAGUUGUACCAGGAACAUCACGAGGAGGAUUUCUUCCUGUACAUUGCCUACAGUGACGAAAGCGUCUACGGCAGCAUGUAAGGCUUGCCUCCUCCACCUGCCGCCACCACCGGGGGGGCGGCACGUGCUCCUGAAGGGACCUGCACUUUUUUGUUGUUGUUUGUUGUUGAUUUUAUGUUCAAGAGCCUUUUGACCCAGGACUGGGGAGGAUUGUGUUUUU